AUCCUGCCUACCCACCAGAACGCCAAAAUAUAUAUCUCUCAGUCGCAGUACCAAGAGGAUUGAUUAUUCUUAAACAUAGCGGGACUGUCCAUUCGUUGGUCAGAACGUAUAUUCGAGAGAAUCUUAAUUUAAAAUGUGAAAUUCCUGCACUUGAAAUAUUGGAUGAUGGGUUUCUUAAAGGUGGAAAUAUCCAUGAUCAGAAUGAUGUGGACAUAUUCGAUGUGGUUCGUGAUAGUGCGUCUAAAGACGUUGGUGUAAUCAUUGGACCCGAUAGCAUUGGUACUUUGAGUUUUACUAGUGGAAGUACUGGAACUCCUAAAGGUGUAAGAGGACGACAUUUUUCGCUCACACAUUAUUAUCCGUGGAUGUCGCAAAAAUUUGGGAUUUCAGAUAAAGAUCGAUUUACCAUGUUAAGUGGUAUCGCUCAUGACCCAAUUCAGCGGGACAGUUAUGAAGAUAUUGGUGUUCCUGGAAAGUUAGCAGAGUGGAUGGCCGAACAUGAAGUCACUGUUACACAUCUCACUCCUGCAAUGGGUCAAUUACUUUCUGCAAAUGCUACCGCUCCAAUUCCAACACUCCGCAAUGCAUUCUUUGUUGGCGACAUCUUAACAAAACGAGAUUGUAACCGUCUUCAACAUUUAGCUUCAAAUACCAAUAUCAUCAAUAUGUAUGGUACAACUGAAACUCAACGUUCAGUUUCGUAUUUUCUAAUUCCACCAUUAUCUUCUACUCAAACAUUUUUGGAAUCACAAAAAGAUAUAAUGCCAGCCGGUAAAGGUAUGCAAAAUGUACAAUUAUUGGUGGUUAACAGGCGUAAUAAAACUCUUCUAUGUGGUGUUGGAGAGAUUGGUGAAAUUUAUGUGCGGGCUGGUGGAUUAGCUGAAGGAUAUUUGAGAUUGGAUGAUGUUACGAACGAAAAAUUUUUGACGAAUUGGUUUAAUGAAGGCCUAGAAGGGUUACAAGAUGAUGUUGAUGACAGUAAAGAGUGGAAACGUUUUUGGAAAGGAAAAAGGGAUAGGUUAUACAAAACUGGCGAUUUAGGAAGGUAUCGACCUAUUGAAUGCGUUGGAAGGGUUGAUGAUCAAGUUAAGAUUCGUGGAUUCCGUAUUGAACUUGGAGAAAUCGACACUCAUCUGUCACAACAUCCGCUUAUUAGGGAGAAUGUCACGUUAGUGAGGAGAGACAAAUAUGAAGAGCAAACCCUUGUUUGCUAUUUUGUACCUCUCCAAACAGGUGAAUUAGAAGAAUUUUUAAGUUCUGGAGAUGAAAAUGAUGCCACAGAAACGAUGGUUGAAAAACGAAAAUAUAAUAGGCUUAUAAAACAAAUUAAAGAUUAUUUAAAGAUGAAGGUGCCUUCUUAUUGCAUUCCAAGUGUAUUUGUUCCGUUGAAAAGGAUGCCAUUGACACCAAAUGGAAAAGUAGAUAAACAAGCAUUGCCAUUCCCUGAUACUGCAAAAUUCGUGUCAACAUCUAAAGGCGCAAAAAUUCAAAAAAUGUCACAAUCUGAAAAAGCAGUUCACGCGAUUUGGGCACAAUUACUUCCAAAUCCACCAACCCCAUUUAUUCCGCUAGAUGAAAAUUUCUUUGACUUAGGAGGACAUUCAUUAUUGGCUACAAGAUUAAUAUUUGAAUUAAGAAAAAAAAGCGGCGUAAAUAUUCCACUUGGAUUAGUGUAUGAGAAACCCACUAUUCGCGAGCAAGCUAAUGAAAUUGACAUUGUUCUAAGAGGUGAACUUAAUAUGGUUGAUGAAGGUGCCGAAAUUCAAGCUGCCAAUAAUAUUACUGCAAAUUCUAAAUCGGUUAUUGAAAUGGGAAAGCCAGAAAUAAAUUAUGCAGAUGAUGUAGAAAUCCUGGCAUCCAAAUAUUUGUUGCAAAAUUACUCACCAAUUCCAGAAAAUUACCAAAGAAAGGUGUUUUUCGUCACAGGUGUGACCGGAUUCCUUGGGGCGUUUAUAUUAUCAGAUUUGCUAAGCAAUAAUAACGAGAUUAAAAUAAUCGCGCAUGUAAGAGCUGAAACAAAACAACUCGGAAUGGAAAGACUUAAAAAGAGUUGCAAAUCGCAUUUAGUGUGGCGCGAUGAAUGGGAGAGUGAAGGAAGAUUAGAAGUAGUAUGUGGGGAUUUGGAAAAGGAAAGAUUAGGAAUUGAAGAGGAGGAUUGGAAAUCUUUGUGUGAGAGAGUUGAUGUUAUUGUGCAUAAUGGUGCAUUUGUUCACUGGGUAUAUCCAUAUCCAAAACUCAAAUCUGCAAAUGUUAUAGGAACAUUAUGGUGCAUAAACCUAGCAAGUGCUCAUCAUUCAAAACCAUUUAUAUUUGUAAGUUCUACAUCUGUGUUAGACACAAGACACUAUGUUUCAUUAGGUGAUUCGAUCAUUGAAAAAGGUGAGGGUAAAGGAAUUAGUGAAAAUGAUGAUUUGGAAGGUAGCAGAUUUGAAUUAAAAAGUGGUUAUGGACAAAGUAAGUGGGUUGCGGAGAAGUUGAUUAUGGAAGCUAAGAAAAGAGGGUUAAAUGCUUGUAUUGUAAGACCAGGAUAUAUCGUUGGGGAUAGUAAAACUGGUGUAACGAACACGGAUGAUUUCAUUUGGCGUCUAAUUAAAGGCUGUACUCAACUACAUCUGAUCCCAACAAUCUAUAAUACACUUAACAUGUGUCCUGUGGACUACGUUGCUCAUUGUAUUACAGUAAUAUCAUUGUCGCCUGUAGCUUCUGAUCGUGGUGUUUUUCACAUAACACAUCCAAAAUAUCCAUCAUUCAGGUUUAUUGAUCUAUUCAACUCAUUAAUUCUCUACGGCUAUAAUGUUACAAAAGCAGAAUAUGUAAUUUGGAGAAAUGAACUAAUGGAAUUUACAUUACAACAAGAAGAUAAUGCGCUAUAUCCCUUGCUUCAUUUCGUAUUAGAUGAUUUGCCUACCUCUACUAAGGCUCCAGAAUUAGAUGAUAAGAAUACUAGUGAUAUUGUUGGUCAGGAAUGUAUGGUGAUUGACGAAAAGCUUAUGGGAAUUUAUUUAGGGUAUCUAGUUAAAGUUGGAUUUUUAGACAAGCCUGAACCACUUGACAAAGGUAAAUUUGGUGGUUUAGAAGGUAAGAUUUGGGAUUUACCGGACAUUACGGCUUUAGAAGGUGUUGAAAUUUUGAAAAGAAGUGGGAGAAAUUAG